AUGGCCACUUCCGCUGAACAAAGACAACAAAAUGGACAUAGCGAUCCAAGAGCUCAACUCGAACAAAUAAUAGAUAAUUUACUUAUUAAAAUAUGGGAAAUAAUGGUUCAACUUAAUGAAUAUGACUCAUAUAACUCGGAAAAAAAAUGGGCUAUUUCUCAUUCUUUGAAAGAUCUUAUAGAUUACCUAGACGAAGUGAAUCGACUUCAAGAAAAAAUUAAACAUAUCGAAGUGCCGAUGACAGGGCGUAACCCUGAUAUUUUCAUGUCCGAAUAUGUUGAAGAAGUUAUGACAGAAAAUCAAGCAGUCAAUGUCAAAAACGAUGCAAUAAUAGAUUUCAAAGAUUUGCUUCUCGAACAGCUUCAGGAAACAUUACCCGAGCAAACAAAUGCAUACAAGAAAUAUGUUCAAGCGAAUGACAAUGACUUGCCAACCACAAACGGUCAUUAA